AUAAUUAGAGGUCAUCGGAUCUUAGAUACAUCGCCAAUGUUGUGAAGUCACAUGGUCGACAAUGCGAUUUUCAUUCGAUUUCGGGUAGUAAUAUUAUAAAGUGGUGCCGCCGUUUUAUGAACAUAAACAAUUUUUUGUAUGAAUCGACACAUUUUUAGGAGCGACAUUGCUUAUUUUUAUACCGGUGUAAAUUAUUUUUUGUGGUAAAGUUAAAAUUCAUAGGCGAUCGUACGUUUUUUGUGGAUUUACUAACACAAUGGAUAAUAAAAAUGUGCUUGUAUUUAUGACAAUAUUGAUGGUCGUUCAAUGCACGAACACGACUCUAGGAAAUGGUGCCGAAGAUUUAACAACUGAUACCGUUUUAGUAGAAUUGAAGAAAAAAAUUGAAUUUACGUCUGUUGGUGAUCACAUAGAAAAUAAGUCGGAGGAUAAUAAUGUAACGGAAGUUGUCAGUCAGAGGUCAGCACGACAACUAUACAGCCCAUUCGGUUACCCGUCUUUUGUACAACGCAGAGCGUAUAAAGUUCCGGCCAAGAUGAAAAAGAGACCCGUAGGAGGUGGACGUAUGAAACCACGCAGGCCGGGUGGUAGACCUAGGCGCAGACCAUUUGCGGGAAAUCAACAAUCAAUGGGACGGUUUAGGCGAUUGCCUCCACAAUUUGUCCGACCACAACAAAACAAUUAUAUAGACCCCAACGACUACGAAGACGGAUUCGAGACGGCUGUUGCCCCUUCGUAUGAUUAUGGCGGCGAUAAGGAUUUAGUUGAGGAAAUUCCAACUUCACUGCUAUAUGCCACAGGUUCGCGGUUGCCGGCUACCGUAGCAUCAUCUACCAUCUUGCGCAAGCGACCCACUUACGAAGAACAGGCGUCCAUACCAGCGGCCGCAGUUAUUCACGUACCAGUGCGCGUGAAUAGGCCAGUGGCAACUCCUGCCCCAACAACACCGGCCGUCGACUCGAUGGAAAAAUUACGACAGCUCGUGCAUCAGGCUAUGGAUGAACAUUUCGCCAGUCGCCACCAAGAGUUGUACUCCGAUGGAUUUGAUAAACAAGUAUUCAGCGCCAAGUACAAGCGACCGUCUUUGGACAAGGAAAAACGCACGUCCGCAGGAGAUAUAAUAUUGGGCACACAAUCUUCACAAGUUCAGACGUCGACACAAAAGAGUCACGCUGAUGUCGACGCAGAUGGAUCUGACGACAGGCUCACGUUAGCUGAGAUAUCAGCUUAUAUGGGCGCAAAACCAGCAGAGACAGUUCUUAGUUCGGGUGGACAUCGUUACGUACUGUCCGAUGCCCUCCAAGGUUACCAUCAGCAUAAAACUGAUCAGCAGUACUUGCGUUAUGUGACACCACUCGAAGCUCUUUUAGAAGUACCCGUUGGUCGAUGGGCUUACCAAUAAGCUCAACGAUAGAUAUUAAUUUAUGUAAACGUCUUGCAAUACAAUUAAACAUAACAAUUGUACUCGAAUCGCUAAAAUAAUAACAACACACUACUGUUUCUAUAAAAACUGAUGUACAUACUAAUAUGGUAUAUAUUAUAGCAUAUAACUAUAAAUAGUAUGCAACAAUAUUAUUUCGUUCCAAGUACUUGAGUUUUUGUAAUGCACAAGUUAUCACAAGUCUCGUAUGUUUAUAAAUCAUAAAAAAUAUUUAAGAUUUUGAUCAUACAUACAAAUAGUAUAACACUAACUCACUUACCCUUUUUUUACCUCUGCGACUCAAUUUGUUUAAUUAUAUGCUUUAAUUAUCUGACUAGACGCAUUAAAAGUAUAUGCAUAGCUAAUACUCGUAUAAGAGUAGUAUAAAUAUUUAAAAUAUGUUGUUUUAAUACUAAGAUCAAAACAGAAAAAUUAUUUAUUGUGUAUAAAGGACGUUGAUAAUAAUCUGUUGCAACUGCUACUGAUGAAGUAUUAUUUUCUUUUAAAACUUUCUUUUUGUAAAUAUUUCUAUUUUAGUACAAAUAAUAUUAUCUUUUGUUUUAUAAACUAUUCGUGUUUUUUAUUUGUUAAAAUAUUCUAUUCUGUGUCACUAUGUAAAAAAAUAAGUAUUUUCAUCAUAAAUAGCAUCCGACAUAGAAAGUUCCCUUUAUUAUUCGGAAUUUUAAUCAAAGCAAUAAUAUAAAAAUCAAACCGUAGUAAGAUUUUCAAUGAUAUUCAAAGUACGUUCGUGGUAAAAAUUUGAAAUGUUUUUAUUUUAUAAAUUAUUUAAUUAUCAUAAUAUUUAUACGCUAUAUUUGUAAUUGAUUAUUUGUUUUAAUAUAAAUUAUUGUUAUGCAUAUUUUAUUAAUUA